CCCUUAUGGGUAUGGCCACAGUGCACUCCCGUAUGGUUAAGGGCUUUCUUUUCGGGGUCACUGUACCCAUGUUAGCCCUGCCCUGGCUGUUUCUGUUCAUCAUAACACUUUUGGUCCCACACACUGUCUUCCUUUGCAAUGCCAUCGCCAUCAUCGCAGGGGGAUCUACGGAAAGGGCUGGCUCUCACUUCUGGACAUGUCCGAUGCCAGGGCAUCAGUGCUGGACAAGAAGAUGCCUUUCAGGCUGCUGAGGAACAUUGGUGUCCUGUAUGUCCCUGCAUCAACAGAGGAGAGAAGGAAGACGGUCCACCCACCAAUCAUUCCAACCCCAGGCUCCUACCCAGUCCAAGCCUACGCUCCAGUGUCCUUUACCUCCAACCUACAGGCUACCGAGACCACACCAAAGACAUUUGAAGGCUGGGCCCACUCCUACUAUACACAGGGGAGCCCUGUUCAGCUCUCAGGUUAUUACGGACACAACCAUGGAUAUGGCCUCAAGCAUAGCUUUGGGCCAAGUCACGGACAUAGUCACGAACAUGGACACAGCUGCAGCCACAGCCAAGGUCAUGGACAUAGUCACGAACACAGCUUCGGCCAUGGACUCAGUCAUGGGCAUGCAUCUGCCUCUCAAACCAGCAGUCACUGGGCUCCAGUGGCUCAACAUCCACAUUCUCAACAUUCCCACCUCAGUCCACUGUCUGUGUCUGUCAGUGCCCCCCAGAGUUUCACAGCAAAAAUGCCGGAGUCACUGCCAGAAUCUGUGAUGGUUCACCCAGGAGCACCUGUGUCUUCACUGACAGACUGAUGACUUCAAUCCGUAACGG